GUUCGUUUGCUAAAGAUAAUAGUGACAGCUGUCAAACAAAACAAAAUUUUUCAAAAUCUAAGUUUACAAUUACGCCAGGGUUAAGUAUUAAACAAAGUAUCGGUGGUUACACCGUGAAUGUCGGAGCCCACAGGGCCCCCCACAAUUUCCAAGGGUUUUGAGACCGAAUAUACUAGACGCCUCAAAAAUAGAUGUAGAUUCACACAAUCACAGUACGAUAGAGUACUUAAAUUGAAUUCCCCGAAGACUGCGAAAGCCAAAAUUAAGAGAACUGGAUCAAUCUAUGUGAGUACUAACAUUUUUGAUUCACUGUGUCCUCCAAUUAUAAUUGAUAAGGAAAAGAAGCAACAGGAAGACUCCCCGGCAAAAAUUUCUAAAGUUUCACCUUCAGACGACCCCCAAACACUUAACAACACCACAGUAGAUCAAAACAUCAGUAUAGAAGGUGGUACACAGGCGCGCAAGCCGUCCACGGCUGACUCAGAAGAGUCACUGGAAUUUCAGGACAGUCAGGAGAGUCAAGAUAGGCUAGCAGAAGGUAAAGACUAUGAUAUAACAACUCAAAAACUAAUAGAUGUAUUAGAAAGAUCAGGAGACUCUGUAGAAAGUACGGACUCCUUAAUGGAUACAGAACCAAACUCUGAGCUAGAAUCUGGACAACCCCCCCCCCAAAAAUUGGCUCGCCUGAAUUCGUACAAGCGGCAAAAAAGAUAAUUUUCAAAACUCUACCGUUUCCUGAAAACGUGGUUAAAAGAAACCUUAACUUUGUAAACACAGGUACACAAAGCACAAGCACCAAUCAAAAACCCCCUGAAAAAAUAUCUGUAAGUGUGGAUAACGCUCAAAAGAGGGGCGAACUGAGUAACCUCUCUCUAGGGUCUGUGUCCACACUCGCAGCCUCACAAAUACCUAGCUCCAAGGGGGCUAUCCCUAAAACAAGGAUCAACAGUGACCCACGCAUAAGAAGAGAGGCAAACAAAAAUGACAUCCCCACCAGUAUUGCGGAUAAUAUCCUAAACUUCGACUCCAAUAGACAUACCUCUGAAGAGGAGGACAAAACAAGGAAGGAGAGGAAUGACAGGUACAGCUACCUGCCUCAUACACCUAAUAGCCAGUCUGAACACAGAAAAGCUACUGAGAGAGCGGCAUUAAACCAGGAAACGGACAUGGAAACCGAAAUAACGAAAGGAUGUGAGGAACUACCAUUUACCACACCAAAAAAGUUUGCCAGUAACUUUCAAAAUCUCAUAAGAGAGAAGUCCAAAAAGACCCUCACCCCUACGCAUAAUAAAUUCCAACCUCUCACCGAUGAAUCUGAUUCGGAUGCAGAUGAAAUUGAUAGGAUUGUGAAAAGGCGCAAAAAAGGGACCAAAUUCGUACCCCUUGACAUGACUGAAAAUCAAGCGACUCGCAAUAUUGAUAAUACACAUGUGAACGCAACAAAAACUAAUAAUGCGCAAAAAACACAACAUAGACCGAGCACUAACAGAAGUACAAUGCCCCCAAUUGUAAUAGAUGGCAAGACGGCCAAUCAGGCAAAUCUAGUCAAGGAUCUCAAAGGCAUAGUCAAAGGUGACUUUUCCAUAAAACAUACCAACUACACAACUAUCAUCUUUGUAGAGAAUAAAGAGGACCAUCAACGAGUGCUACAAAAUAUUAAGUCCGAAAAUAUGCCAUACCAUACGUAUACCUCAAGGGAUGACAAAUCCCAUGCCUUCGUCCUUAGAGGUCUUGCGGAAGGAACCAAAAUCGCACAAAUAGAGGAGAACCUAGAAGAAGAGCACGAGAUAAAACCGCGUGCGGUGUAUCAAAUGCGAACCAAAGAGAGACCAUUAUUCCUAGUGGUUACAGACCCCGUAAUUACGCUGGAAUACCUGAACAAAAACACUCGAAGGGUCCUCUAUACCAGAGUGACAUGGGAGUUGAGGAAAUCCAUGAAACUCAUCAUACAGUGCCACAACUGCCAACAGUGGGGGCACGCAACCUCCAAUUGUGGCCGAAAUGCGCGAUGUUUAAAGUGUGCGGGUGAUCACCACACGAGAACUUGCGUAAAAACUCCAGAAACGCCGGCAACGUGUGCAAACUGUGGGGGUGAUCACCCCGCUAACUACUCGAAAUGCCCUAAUUAUGUCGAAAAACUAGAGAGGAUGCUCGAAAGAAGGCCUAAACAGCAUCAAAAAUAUGUUCCCGCCCCCCAGCCGAUCUUGAACCAAUGGGAGGCCAGAAACAAGAACCGAAACCCAAAUACAGAAUUUCCAGCUUUACCAACGAAAUAUGCACGAGAAAUGGCAGAAAACGUGAAAAUCCCACCCAGAAGACCAGAUAUACAAAAACAAUCAACCCCAGGCGUGGCCAUGGACGAUUUUACGGCCCUAAAUAAUGAAUUUGAGACCCUCAAUAGACUCAUCAAUAUAGGUGAAUUAACCAGAGCAGUCAGAGAACUGAACGCCAGACUAAUAAAGUGUAAAACGGGAAAAGACAUCAUAGAGACAUACAACGCGUUCAUGACGGACGUUGACAUCAAUUUCAAACUCUUAAAUUAACUCUAUCAUUCAAUUUUAAAAUACAGUAACAUUCGUUUAAUUACAUGGUAAAAUGCUUUUGUGGAUGUUUAUGCGACUGCGGAAGCACUUUUUCUCAGAACUCCUGUGAGCUUCUGGGAAAUUGGUGUGAGUAGGCGCAUGAAUAUCCGCAAAAUGCACUCACUAACAUACAUACGAGACAGGAUACAUGAGAAAACCGACGUACAUCCUCCUUAACAGCGAAGACCCCACUGAAUAGUAAAAUCACUACGAUGAAUAGCUACAAACUUUCGUCGGACGGAAGACUGCACGGUGACGUCAUCA